AUGAGAAAGAUGGAGAAAAUUUUAGUUCUUUUAGUUUCAGUUUUGUUGUUGUCAACAUGGGUGCCUGUCUCUCUGUGUGCCAAGAAACCAGUGGCAGUUGCUAGAAAGGAAGACAUUCCUUACAUUAAAUGUCAAGUUUGUGAGAAGGUGGCAUCACAGUUGUACCAACAAGCACAAACGAAACAAGCCCAAAUCUCUCCCAAGAAGAUAUCGGAAUACCAAAUCAUCGAGAUUGCAGAGAAUGUUUGUAAUUUGAAGAAGGAGGAAGCUGAUUGGAUUUUGAAGAUUGAUAUAGUAGAGCAAAGAGAUAAGCUAGAGCUAAUCGAACAGGAUGCUGAAGGAAUUUGCAAUUCAGAGUGUAAGACAGUCGAGCGAGCAUGUCAGGAGGUUAUGGGAUAUUCUGAUACUGAUGUAGCUGAAUAUAUAUACAUGUCCAAGCCGGAUAUUGAGUCACUGGUGAAUUAUUUAUGUAAAGACCUGACUAAGACUUGCAAAACCAAGCCUCCUCCACUACCAAAGGAUAGGACUCCAGGAGAACCUUUUGUACCCAAGCCAACUAAAGAGGCUGAAAUGGAAAAGAUGUUACGAUCCAUGGAGGGAAUGCCAGGGGCACCCAGCAUGAAAAUGUAUUCAAGGGAGGAGCUGAUGAACAUGAAGAACUUGGGUGAAGAUGAUGAUAAUGAUGAAGAAGAUGAGGAUGAGGAGGAACAAUUUUCAUCUAAUUUGGGAAAACUUUUGAGAGAGAAAGAAAGUAGAAAAGGUGAUUGGAAACAGAAGAUGGGCAAAGGAAUAAAAAAUGCGAGUGAAACAUUGAAGAAACAUGCAAACAAGGUGUCCAACCAGGUACAAAGGUGGUGGAAAGGAAUUAAAGCUGCCCGUUCAAAGGCCAACAAGGCAGAGCUUUAGGAUACCAUGAACUAAACGUGUGAGAAAUGCCAAUGGUUAGCAGUUCUUGUUUGUUUUCUUCCACUGUAUUAAUAUGCUUUGUUACUCAUUUACUCGGAAGAAGUUGAUCGAGUCAAAAAUCAAGUAACCAUUUUUCCCUGAACUUUUCCUUCCCCGUCCUUGGGGAAGUUUUGAUGAUUCCCUUCAUCCGUGGUACUCUCUUAACAAGUAGCAACUUCAUUUAUUUGCUGAUUUUCAAUACACAAAAUCUGUUGAAACGUCUCUCUUUUUAUCUACUGUUGAAUUUAUGAGUUUAAAUAAGGAGUUUCUGAUAUUAGAUCCUGUUGUUGUGCACCAAUCCCUACUUUCAUUUCCCAUGCCUUAUGCUACUUCAGACUUGUAUCAAU